AUGCCUCCCUCAUAUCGUGUUGACCCCGAUGAGGAAGAACGAAAUCGAAGAACUCCGGAACAAAAUAUCUCCUCAUCGUCAUCGUCCUCCAACAAUGAAGAAUCAACAAAAAGCGAAGACGAGUCGUCGCAUCCGAACGAGACUCAGGGUGAUGGCAGCAACAACACGAACAGAAACCCUCCCGGACCGCGAUUCUUAACACCAGAGGAGACCAUCGAGCUUGCUCGCCGUGCAGUCGAGAAUGGGAUACUGGAAACUAAGCGCUCCCUGGCAGGAAGCGAGGCUGUCAGCGAUGUGGUCAAGCCUAAAUUGACCAUUGAUCUGGGCCAUUCCAAUGUUGUCCGAAUUCCCGAGCCGGUGGUGGAUGCGAUCAAAGACGAGGUUGAAAGAUUGUCAUUAUCGAACAACCAUCUUUUCCACAUUCCAUAUCGUUUCGCUGAGUGCUCGCAUCUUCGUUACCUCAAUAUUAGGGCGAAUAACUUUCGGGAAUUCCCUAGAGGGGUGUACAAGCUACCUCUACUCGAGAUAUUAGAUCUCAGUCGCAACAAGAUCAGUCAUAUACCCGAAGAGAUAAAGAGGUUGUCGUCCUUGCGAGUUCUGUCUAUCAUGCAGAAUAGGCUUGAAGAUUUGCCCGCAGGAAUUUCCGACAUGAACAAGCUCCAGAUCUUAAAGGUGGCCGGCAAUCCGUUGAGAAAUCCCCUUCGCCGAGUUCUAGAGACAUCGGAGACAGAGAUCGCCCCAUCCGCCUUGACAGAUAAUGAAAAGGAGGUUGCUGUCACAGCGGAGUUGAAGAGAUUCUUGAAAUCUAGGCAAUCCUCUGAGCAGGACAGGGGUAGUGCAAGCGAGGGCACUCUGGACACACCCAAACCCAUCAGGCGCAGACCGAGCAGUCGAUUCCCUGUCAUUCCCAGUCUAAGUGAAGGGUCUGUUGACCCUAAAUCGCCAUCGUUUGCAAGACCUCCGCCGAUCCCACUGAAAUCCCACUAUCGUAUUGCUUCUGGACAUAGCACGAUUUUCCACAGUGGCGCCUUUCAGCGACCGGGUGUGACCCCACUGGCAGGAGUCAACGAACGCAAUCGAAGUAACAGCGAAGGCAUAAUUCAAGCAUCAUUCGCUGCCCGCAACAAGCGGAUGGGGGUCAUCAAUAGGAAAAACACUGAUUUGGGAACGCUGGAUGAAACGCGGCCCUACCGCAACAGUCACCUUCGCGGCCUAAGCCAUGGUUCGAUAUUGAAAACGAGGACAGCUGGUACCAUGCACGGGAGCAAUUCCUCCAGUCCAAGUAGUCCUCGGGAGCGCCGACGCUUGAAAGACGGGUUUGUGAACCGCAUGUCAAGCUUACCAGAACACAAGGGCGAAAAGGAAGCAUUGAACCCUGUCAUUGAGAGUGCCAAGGGCAUCUUAUUUGCGCUUUUUCAGGUUCAAUCCCAUGUGUCAGCUGUAAUCAACGUCAUCAAACGUGACGACUCACGACGGAAUAGUCUGGAGAUUGUUUUUUACAAUGCUUCCACACACGUUGAUCGGCUCAAUGAAGCCCUUGAGAUUGCAGAGACCUCUCAACCAUGCGAGCAGGACAUACUGAAGCUGACGAAUGAAUCCGUAAAACGAGAGUGCGAAACAUGCAUCGUGGCGUAUGCCCACGUUGGCACGCAACUGCGGAAUAGUCUUGAAAAGAUCGUCGCCAAUGGUGAUUCGCGCUAUGUGCGGUCGCUCAUGCUCAUGAUUCAUGGCAGCAUGAUUGAGCUUCGCAAUGCCUGCGUGAGCUUGGGGGUUCCUUUGCAAUCUGGGAAGCGGAAUUUGACCCAAAAACCACCAGUACCUGAGAUCAAUAAAGAACCUGCAGUGUCUGAUCGGUUCCUUGGACCGACUGUGACCCCGACUAGAGGUGACCGUUCUUUGUCCGUGCGCCGGUACAGAAGUGAUACCACAAUCCAACACCCUCGGAUUAUCACCAAUGGACCUUUACCUGCGGCAGCGAACUAUCAGUCCGCUGUCAGUUCACCAGGCUUCGCAUCAACGCCUUUUAGCUUCGGAGCACGAAGCCGAUCAAGCAGCAGAUCUAACCUCGUCAAUUCUUCCGUGCCCUCAUCCCUUGCGACUCCUCGCUCUGGGGAGUCUUUCCCACCAAUCCCAACUUCAGUCGUGCCCAGGAUCAAUCCUCUGACUGGGUUAGAUGAGAUUGAAGAAGAGCGAAUCUUUGAGAAGAUCUUCCAGCAGCUGUUUACUGCUUAUACUGCUGCAGUCAAUGCGCUGCCGGUGGCGAGUCGUCACUUCAAACGCUGUCUUGAGGUAGCGGAGCAAAGCCGGGAAUCGGAAGGCGUGCAAAUGCUUUGGAACAAUCUUAUUCGCCGUUGCCACGUGUGUCUGGAAGUUUCCGAGGCGCUCGGGCAGCGUCUUUCCAAUAUGAAGGUGAAAGAACCAGGUGGCGGAAUGCGCAAUCAGCGCGAAUUCUGGCAACUAUGCAAAGGCUUCAUGCAAUCCUUUGUCGACCUCGUCACUGACAUGCGCGAGGUUAGAAGCAUGCAUCUUCUCCCGCCCGACAUCAUUGUUAUCCUUCGCCCGGUGCAGAGGGCCAGCAGGGAAGCCGGCCGGUUGAUUGAGGCUUCUCCGUGGUCGUACCUCGCGGACAUGGCAACCGGCAAUGGUCCAAGCAAUAUCUACGGGCCACCGCUGCAUUCGCAGCAUACACAGCAUCAGACUUCCGGGUCAAGUUCUAAUGGGUUCCACAUCAACUCGACGCUGUCCCCGCAAUCCAUUCACCUCCCUGCGACUCCCUUGAGUGCGGCUCUCGGCCCGGCCGCACAGGCGACUGUGCCCACCACACCUGCCAGUGCCUACAGCGACAAGUUUUUUGAGGGUGAUGUGUUCCAGCGGGCAGAUUCACUCCUUUCGAUGCCAAAUCAAGCACCUUUUUUCAGCCGCCGUUGA